AUGGAUCUAUUUCAUAAUAACUUCCGCACUAUUUGGAAUGAUACAUACAAUGCUUGUGUCAAGAACAAACGCCCCAAUGGCCAAUCGAUUCCUGCGUUCCUCAACCUCGCUUUAUCCUUCUGUCGUCAACUCACGCUGCAUCACACUAUCGAGGAGCGGCACUUUUUCCCUGAGCUAGCCUCGAGAAUGCCUGAGUUUCGCGAGGAAUUGAGCUUGGUCGGGCAGCACCGCAUGAUUCACCUGGGAUUGGAGAAAUUCGAGGACUAUGUGAAUACAUGUCGCACGGGCGAGACAGAGCUACGACUGGGUCAUAUGAAGAUGUUGAUGGGUAGUUUUGCGCAUAUUUUAUGGACGCAUUUGGAUGAUGAAGUUAAGGCCUUGGGGCGGAUAAUAUGA